UUUGUGACCAAUCAGCUGAUUUUGUUACUCAUUUUUACAAUAGUUUAUAAACAGAAAAUGUUUUUAUUUUAAUACUUUAGGUCAAAAUGUCAGCCUUGUUUAUGAAAUAAAAAUUUUUUCCUUUAGGAAAUUUUAUGAGCAUGUCUCUUAAAUAAUAGGCUUACGUUAAUCCUUUGCAAGUGAUAAGAUAGGGGUUAAUAAUAAAUCAAGGCAGAGGAAGAACAAAGCAAAGCAGCUGUUAUGGCUUCGAUAAACACUACUCCCUUGCUGCAAGAAAUCGACUCAGAGUUAGAAGAGAAUGAUAUCCAUGAAUCUCUUGCUAUAAAAGACAACAAACCACUGUUUAAGCCUAUUGAACCAAAGGACAAAUUUUACACUGUUUACUUCAUCUUCUACUUAUUAGGAAUUGUCACCCUUCUGCCAUGGAACUUUUAUGUUACAGCAAACGACUACUGGAUGUACAAAUUCCGAGACACAGACAUUCAUAAUAAUACUGUCAAAGGUAGUGAGGUCAAAGACAAGACUCCUUUGCAAGCAGAAUUUACGUCCUAUAUCAGUGUAGCUUCUGCUGUUCCGAACUUGGUGUUUUUGGUUUUAAAUGCCGCUAUCGCUCACAGAGUCUCCGCAAAUAAAAGAAUUUUAGCAUCUUUACUAUUUAUGUUGUUAUUAAUGCUGGUCACCCUUAUCUUUGUUUUAAUUGACACUGACAAAUGGCAACAUGGUUUUUUUAUGAUCACAUUGGGAAUAGUUGUCUUACUCAACGUUUGUAGCGCCGUCUUGUCAGGAAGUGUUUUUGGUAUCGUGGGCAACUUUUCACCGGUUUACAUAACGGCCGUCAUCGGCGGUCAAGCCUUGGGAGGCAUAUUCGCCGCUUUAGCUGAAAUCGUGUCCCUUGCAUUGGGAGCUUCUUCUACGCACGCCGCUUUAGUCUAUUUUAUUAUUGGAAAUGUUACGAUUGUAAUAUCUGUUGUUUUAUAUAUUGUGCUCACCAAGACUGUUUUUUAUAAGUAUCAUAUCGAAGAUAAAUUUCUUAGUAUCUCAGACUUUGGCAGCAGUUCAUCCACUACUCAGCUUGUUUGCCAUAGUGUGAUUUUGAAGAAAGUUUGGAUAUACGGAGUAUCCAUGUUUUUAGUAUUCUUCUUUUCUUUGAGCGUUUACCCUGGAGUUACGGUACUUAUAGAAUCUGAAGGAAGAGGUAGUGGAAAUAAGUGGAAUGAUGUGUUCUUUGUUCCUACUAUAGCUUAUCUCCUAUUUAGUAUUGGGGAUUACGUGGGAAGAAUUACAGCCGGAAGGCUUCAACAGCCUAAGAAUGAAACCGUAGUGCUAAUAUUAAGCCUUGCCAGGUUUGUAUUUAUUCCACUAAUGAUGCUGUGCAAUGCACAACCUCGCCACCACCACUGGGACGUAGUCUUCAACAAAGACUAUGAAUAUAUCAUAAUUUUAUUCUUGUGUGCGCUAAGCAAUGGUUACUUGGCUAAUUUGACUGCUAUUUUAGCUCCAAGGAAAGCUGAUGAUUACGAAAAAGAAACUGCUGCUGCAAUAAUGACGGUCUUUAUGGGUAUAGGAUUAGCGCUGGGAUCUACUUUAAGUUUAUUUAUGGUAAAAAUGUUGUAAGCGCAUUCGUUACAAUUUUAGGAAAAUCAGUUACUAGGCUAACACUUUAUUACCUACGAAUUUAUUGUAUACCGUUUACUUAAACAUAUCAAAAGACAAAAAAAAAACAGUAUAUUAAUUGACUUUAAAUCAUUGACGAAACGUGUCAUAUUCUAUUAUAACGUUAAUAAUUAAUAAAAUAUGACGAAAUGUAUACCUCAAAUUUCAUAAAAUCAUCACUAAUCCUGGUAUGAUCUGUUUAACACUCGAUGUAUUCUUUGCUUGCCUAUAAUAUUAAUAUAGUCUCGAAAUCUCUGUGUAAUCUUAAUAUCAUAAAUAAUCUGCUUUUUAAUAAUAAACAGAUAAACCAGUGGCCAAAAAUUUAUAAAAUAUCGUAUAACUAGUCUAUUUUCAGAGCUGUCGAGCAUUUCUGGUAUAUAUAAGCUUUUAAUGGCAAACUGUUUUGAAUAGAUAUAUAGUGAUAUACAGUCAAACUAUUAAGCUAAUUUAUUAGAUUUUAAACCUUUACGUUCCUUAUUUUAGUGAGUAUAUAACCUGUAAAUUUUGUGUCAAUAGUUUUUAUUUUAAAUUAUGUGCAAGAUAUUCAAUAAUUAACUAGAGGCAGUAGACGUCAAAACAUAGCAAGUGAAUCAUAAUUGUUGAAUUUAAAAUGCUGCUAAUAAAGUAUACAGGCUGUGCUGUGACAAGACGUGCUGAUUUUUAGGUGGGUGAUUCUUGGACUCACUUUUUUAUCCAUGCAUUCGAAAAGUAUCCGGAAAAGUAGUAAAAGAAGGAAAUUCAUGUUAUUAACUGGAAUUGGUGGUAAAAGUUGAUAAUCGCAAGAUAAUAGAAGAAAUCGUAAAAUAGACUUAUGGUUGAAGUAUGUUCAUUAGGAACAGAUAUUAUUUUUUUUAAUGAGCACAUUUAGCCACAAGUUUCAAGCGGAACAACGAUAUUCAUGUUGUAUGAUGGCUCUUAUCUCACCGCCACCUAUACACUUGUGCCUUAAAUAAAUUAGAGAAACUAAUUGGUUCAUUUAACAGGUUGACUGCCAAGCGGUCAUAUAUGACCGCUCUUACCUAUAUCGCAGAGUGCCGAGCGGUCAUAUAUGCCCGCCGAAAUGACCGGAGCCUUAUUUUAUGAUGAACUGCGUCUCGGAUUCUAGGGUAAUGUAUGGAGUUUUUGCAUACAGUUUGCAAUUUGGGUUUUUGAAUGGCGGUCAUGUCUGCUAUAUUUAAUACGAUUGAAUGACCGCUGUGGCACAGAAGGUAAGUAUAUUUCAGAAAUAAUACAAUAAGGUUGAAAAAGUUAUAGUGUUUAUAUUUUCAACAGAGAAACUUACAAAAAUUUACAUUUAUUACUUUUGAUGAACAAUAUCGAAACAUGAGAAACAAUAGUGGGGCUGGUUUUCACAGUUCGGGCAGAACGUUGGCACCUUCUUCACUUUAUUUUUUCCAUUGGGACCUGGUGCCUUAUUUUCAUAGCACCUCUUGCAAUACUUUCUUGUUUUUGCAACUGGACCCUCCUUUCUUCUUCGAGGCUUUCUAGAUUCCCGUCUGUUUGUAAUAAUUUUCUUAUUACCGACUCCCUGAAUUCUGUAAUUUUUAUUUUUUUAUCUGCUAUUGUAGAUAAGAUGUGCGUUUACCAUUGACGUACCCAUUAUAAAUUCUACGGUACCAUUUUAUUGACUUUCGUAGUGCAGUUCCAUAACUAGUCAUUUGAUCGCUUUGAUCGAUAGAGGAUUUGCCUUCAUUGUACUCAAGCACGGCUCACGGUUUCAUUACUGUACCAUUCCUCCUUUGCACAGUUAUUGUCUCUGUUGUAUGUUUUGUUGUCAGCAUAAGUACGUCCCUUUUAUCACGCCAUUUCAAGACACAUAUGCCCCGUUCAUUUUCCAGUCCAAAAAUUUCACCUUUCUUUAGCCUUUUUUCAAUUACUUCUUGAGGAUUACCUCUACGCCUUUGUCUCAGAGCUCCUACAUAAUGAGUUUUAUUUUCAACCUCUGGUUUCUUGCUCUUUCCCUGCGUAAAUUCGUACAUUCCAUAUAAACCCGUUUCCACUGCACAGUUUGAACAAUUUGAUACCAUACUUGUGUGUUUUCUGUGGUAUGUAUUGUUUAAAAAUCAACCUACCUUGAAACGGAACAAUCGAUUCAUCGAUACAGAAAGUAUGUCCAGAAGUAAAUAUCUCUUGGUACUUCAGAAUUAGUUUGUCUAAAAGGGGUUUGAUUUUAUGCAAUCUAUCGCCAGGUGGACAGGUAGAAUUAUCCGAAAAAUGCCACAUUUUUAGUAGUAUUUGGAACCUAUUCCUUGGCAUUAUAGAGGGAACACAAUAGUUCUUAUAAAGUUUAUCUUUGAACCAAUAGUUCGAAAUCUGCGGUUUUUGUACAAGUCCCAUGUAACCAAUGAUAGGGGAAGCAGGGGGAAUGCCGCUCAGUUAAGGAAAAAACGCAAUAUUUUUAUAAAACUUUGGUUUUUAUUAAAAAUAAGAACAAAUGACAAAAGUUUACCUCUUUGUGUGUCAAUAUGUUAACAUAAAACGUAAUUAUAGUUUACCUAAAAACAGUAGGAAAACUUCAAAAAAAAUCAGGGUUGAGCGUCAAUGCCCCUGGCUAUGGGUAAUACCGCUCAGCCAUAGGGGUAAUGACGCUCAAAUCUGCUUUUUUAAAAAAUAACCGUAUACACAUAUUUUUUUAUGAACAAAUAAAAAAAACAACCUUAAAUAACUAAAAUAAAGUAUUUAGUCAUAGUUGAGCAUCACUAAACAUCAUCAUUGUAGUUUUAGUUACAGAAAUCACAGAUGUAUCCAUCUAGAGAAUCCCAUCCGGUGCACAUGGCAUGAGUCCAGAACCCACAUAUGGUACAGUGAUACCACAUUUCAUUAUUUCUUCCAAAUUCUUCGCAAAUAUUGCAUUUAUUAUAUUCAUUUCCUUUCACACUCAAUUCAUCAUCACUGUCAUCGUCACAGACAUUUUCAAUUUGUUCAUCGUCAUCUGAUGAACUGUCUUGCAAAACUUUGCGUUUGCAAGAUGUUCCACUUUUAUUUUUAUUUCUAUUAUUUCCUGUGACUUUACUUCUUGUUUGAUCUUUUCUUCCGGCCUUAUUGAGUUUUUUUUCUUGUUCGUUUCUUUCUCUUCUAAUAUAUUUUUCAUUGGAGUCGAUGUUAAUAUGGUAGAAUGUUGUUUUCUCUUCCUUUGAGCUGGCUUUGAAGUUGACGCAAUAGUUGGUGGUGUUGUUGCUAUCUUAGAAAAAGAAACAUAAGUUUGUUUUUGUUCACCCAAAAGUGCCUGGUUAGAUGGACCAGAAUUGGGUGAUUUAUUUUUGAUAGACUGGGACUUAGAUGCAGCAUGUACAGAAGCUUCAAGAUUUUGAUUUGGCGCUUCCAUCAGUGGAUCAGGAGCAGGAGAUUCAUGAUCUUGGUGGUUUGACAUAUCAAGCGAUGAACCAGUAACUGGAGAUGCAGGUGCUUGAUUGAUCGUCAUGUGAUGAGUUUGCGCAGCUCCAAGAUUAUCGCCAGUUUCAUUUUCGUUUUGAGUGGGUUGUUCUGAGUUUUGAGCCAUCAGAGAUGCUGCCAAGAAGUCUUGUUCAGUAAAAACAUUUGGAUUUAAAGGGUAGAUUCCAGUGGCUCGGAAUCCUGCUUCUCCUUUGCUUAUGUUUGCAACUUGUGCAUAUGCCUUGUUAAAUAAACAGGCGACGUCAUAUGGAGUUAUUUUAGCCAUUAAGUGUGUCUUCAUAUGCAUGUUGCAUUCGUGUUUAUAAGCAGCUUUCAGGGGACCAUAAAAAGACACAUCGAGAGGUUGUGUUCUGUGAGAGCUGUGUGGUGGAAUGGAAAGCAUGGCGAUGUGAUUUUUUUUGCAAUAGUUAAAAGCUGGAAGGGAGAUGUGGCUGCUAUGGUUAUCGAGUAUUACGAGUACAGGAGAAUCUUCUGUAGGCUUGACAUAUGCUGCAAAAUGUUUAAGCCACUCUACAAACAAUUCCUCAUUUAUCCAGCCAUUCUUGGAGUGGGUGUAAAAUGCACCAGGCGGUCCAUCCUUUUCUAGUAACGGUGUCAUCCUCUGCCUGGGAAAAAUAAACAUUGGUGGUACGAAGUUCCCAGCCGCACUCAUGGCACACAUGACUGAUAUAUUUCUGCCGCGUUCGCCGCUCGUAACUGCGCCUACUCUUCGUUGCCCUUUUUCUGCAAGCACUUUUCCCGGAUCUGUGACGGUUGUGAUCCCUGUUUCGUCAGCAUUGUAUAUAUUAUUAGGAGGAAACCUAUACUUUUCCAUUAGGUCACCAAGCAUUUGGUAGAAGUGAGUAAUCUCUUCUUUGUUAAAAGCAGAAACCCUAUUUAAACUUGUUGCUUCAACUUUACGUACAGCAACAGAAGGGUUGCGUCGCAUAAAACCUUGUACCCAAUCUAACCCAGCCAUUUUGCUGUUCUUAUCAAAAUUAUUUUUGAUACUGUUAAUCUCUGCAUACUUGUAAACGGAUUUACGCAAAUCUGUAACGCUUAAUCCAUAGUAUAUUGAUCCCAGCAGCUUAACCUGUUCAGCUAUUUCACUUUGUUGUUGUUGAUUAAAAACUGGUUUACGACCCAGUCGUGGACGGCCUAUGUUUUGAUUCUUUAGCCUAUCUCUUAAUGUAGUAAAUGGAAUUUUAUAUGUUCUUGCUGCUAGUCUUUUCGACAUCCCCCUUUCAAUCGCAGUUCUGGCAUGCAGUAGGUCUUCUUCGGUCCAAGCCGCUUUGGCAGUGGUCCUUUCACGUUUUCUGGGCAUAUUCUGAAAAAAAAACCUUUACUAAUGGGGUAAUGACGCUCACUUGAGCGCCAUAACCCCAAAUGACCGUUUUAUAUUUGAUUUAAAAUAUAAAAUAUAUACAAAUACAAUUGCACAACAAUGUUUACAUUAUCACAAAACAGAAUGUCUUAGUACUUUAGAUAAUAAUACAUGUGAUUAAAAGUGUUGAAAAUCUUGACUUACCGCUAAAAAUUCCGAGCUAAAAAUUAGAUGAAAGCUGCCGAAAAGAAACAAACGCACUUCACUCUUACGGCUACGGAAGCAAACUGCUAUUAUGGCGCUGGGCGGCACCGACAUCACCCCCUCGCGUCUCAGUCCAUGUGCUGUGUUUCUAUGCAACGUAUGUGUCAAGUAAAUAGGGUGAGCGGCAUUACCCUACCAAUAAAUUUGAGAAUUUCAUGACAGUCAGUAGGCACCCAGCCACGCAGUCUUGAACCAGAAGUUACAUCCCCUGCUUCUGUUAGUACUUGGGUAGCAUACAGAUUGGUUUGGUUUGUCAUUUCCUGUAUAACAUUCCUAUCCAAAAAAAAUGCGAAGCAUUUAUAAGGCGUUAAGUCGUUUAUGAGUGCCGCGAUAUAAUUUGGAGCAACUCCAAAUUCACAAGUCAUUGGAAAAUAUUCGUGCCUACCAGUUGGUUCCGAGCAGGUAUGGGAGGGCGGAUCGCUUCUAAAGUGUUCAUUACUAGGAACCAGGUCUGAUGGGUCAAAUUCAGUCUCCACGAUAUUCUCAGAUUCAUCCAGGACAUGACUCUCUUUUAAAUUAUUCGAACAAUUUUCACGCGAGUUAUCAUCACUGGGAUUGUCCUUGCUACAACCAGCCACAGAUAAAUCAUUUUUACGCCUUUCACGAAUUUCACGUGAGUUAUCAUUACUGGGAGUGUCCUUGCUACAACCAGCCACAGCUAAAUCAAUUUUACGCCUUUUCGGUACAUGUAUGUCCAUUCCGGAUUCAUCAGAAGAUGACUCAUAUUCAUCACUUGAUGGUAAAAACUCUGGAUCGACGAUUGAGUCGUCUUCGUCUUCACUACUGAUAUCGCUUUCUAUAAAAAUAUUUAGAAGUGGUUAUAUGUCUUGGAACAAGUAAGUAAAUGAUAAUGUUUGCAGCUUAGAAAUAAACCUACCUAGUUUGGCAUUCAAGGCUAAACUCAAAAUUCGUUUGCUGCGACUAGACAUAGCUACACUCUUUGUACGUACUUGUCGAAAAUCGAGAAAGAACUAAAUGUUUCUAUUCCAUUCGUACGUAACACGUGGCCCGCCGCCGUCAACUGUAUUCAUACGUGAUCAACAGUUGACCAGUUGUACUUUCACCUCCAUUUAUCACUUUACCACGCUACAAAACAUACUGGGUUACAGUCGAACAAGAACCGUUCGCAUGGUUCCUGGAAAUAUUUACUUUUUGUCGCGAUGGCCGAUGCGAUGCCCGCUUGGCCACAGCGGCAGACUUGUUCCUACAGUGCCGGGCGGCCAUAUAUGACCGCUAUUUUUUUUUAUUUAUUCUUCUUAAAGAAAAAUAAUUAUUCAAACGUUUUGAUAUCGCUUCCUUAAUUUAUAUGCAAUGGUUGUCCGGAAAUGAGUUUUGGCACCUAGGGAAACCUUUGGUGAUAAUCCUCGGCUGUCAACCUGUUAAAUAUCUAACUCUCUAUAAUAUAGAUAUCUGCAUAUAUCAAUUAUUUUAAUAUCUGUGUUUAUAAUGCUCAUUUACUUUAUUUAUUUUUAUAUAUCUACUACCUAAUAGCACAGAAUAAACGAUCUGAGAUUGUUUAUUCUGUGCUAAUAGGAAAGAAUAAGACAUCUUUUGAAAAUUUUAGACAGGGUCACUCGCUUCUCGGCUUAGAGUCUAAGCAAAGUAUUGUUUUAAUUUAAGACAAUACAGGGUGACUCGGAUAGGUACGAACAUAUCUAAUAUCUGUUAAAGCUUCAUCUAUUUUUGUAAUACUUUGCUAAUAAUUUUGACAGCUUUUACCACCAAUUCGAGUUGUAAACAAAAUUGUUUCUACUACUUGCAGGCUGCUUUUUUGAGACAAUUUUUAAAUGCAAUUCGGAUUAUGUGAAUUCCUGUAUUACUGGUACAAUGUGAGGUAUGUAGCACAUGCCGUUUUUAUUCAAGUUUUAACGAUGCAACUUGAUUAAUUGUAUUAUUUUAUGUGGGUAUAUUUUGAGUGAAUUUAUCCAAAUAUAUUUUGUUAAAGAGAUUAUAUAUAUUAAGUUUUUCCAAAGUAAAA